AUGGUCAAUCUCAACAGGCUUUUGGGCUGUGUAGUUUGGCCCGUGGCCAUCACAACAGCUCACUAUGCCGAGUCUGCGCCAAAGCCUACAGCAACUUCGACAUAUGGAAGACCCUACUCCGAGGUCAGCAGCUUGCUUCCCCCCUUGAGAACAACGACUUGGGGAAGCUUCGAGCCUGGGACCACUGCUACACCAAGCAAACGCGCAGAUGAUAAUGACCCUUUUGGCGAGGCUCAGUGGACCUCUUCCUGGCUCGCAGCAGACCUGCUCAAUUACACUACGGUUGGCAUAUAUACCACAACGGUGGCGGCGACCCCUGUUCCAUCUUCCGAACUGGUUUUCCCUCCGGCUCUACCUUUUGCGGAAAAGGACUGCUAUAACUUCCCCGAGGGAUUUAUGUUUGGAAUCGCCACAUCUGCCAGCCAGCAAGAAGGCGCCAUCGCAUUGGAAGGACGAACCCCAACUAUCAGCGAAACGAUCAUGAAGGGGGGGGGUGUAAGCGGAGCCACCAACUACGUUGCGAAUGAGCACUACUACUUGUACAAGCAAGAUAUUGAACGAAUGGCCGCCAUUGGCGCCGAAUAUUUCAGCUUCAGCAUCUCUUGGGCCCGCAUACUACCAUUUAUAUUUCCCGAUACCCCCGUCAACCAGGAAGCAGUCGAUCAUUAUGAUGAUGUGAUCAACACCGUCCUCAACGCAGGGUUAAAACCAAUGGUCACGCUCAUCCAUUUCGACACGCCGUAUGCCUUUGUUCGGGACUCGGUCGACCUCGAUUUUCAGAUAGGCGGGUGGCGUGGUGGUUACGAUAAUGUGACUUUUCCGGACGCCUACCUACACUACGCUAAGUUGGUCAUGUCCCUAUAUGGCGACCGUGUCUCGCAUUGGAUCACAUUUAAUGAGCCCAUGGCACACACAAACAAUGCCGAAGGGGUCAGGAAUGUGAUCACUUGCCAUGCAGACAUCUGGCACUGGUACCACGAGACAUAUGAAGGAAAGGGUAUGGUUGGAAUGAAGCAAUUUGACUACUUUUCCGCCCCCCUGGAUCCCAGCAAUGCAUCACACGUUCAAACAGCAAACGACUUCAACGAUUUCUGGACCGGGACCAUUUAUCGACCACUCUGCCUAGGCGAAGAUUACCCCUCGAUUUACAAAACUUCAAUUGCCAAUGCCACGGCUUUCACGGAAGAGGAGCUGAGCUACAUUGGAGGCAGCAUUGACUUCAUAGGCUUGGAUAUGUACGGCGGCACGAUUGCAUUGCCCCAACCCGGAAACUUCACCCCUUCGCCAAGUUUGAAAUGUAUAUCGAUGUCCGGUACUUGCUUUGGGGUUGAUUUGGUAGAUGUGACAAAUGCAGGAUGGACGGUGGGCUUUGGCAACACGUCUGGUGGCAAUACCUACUCCACGGGAUUUUUCCAAUUCGGCUUUAGCAAUCCGGGUGACUCCGAGAAGGAUCUCGAUGAUGCACGACUUGACGUUGCUAGCUCCUUGUUUAUCACCAAUGUUCUCACGGAGUUGCUAGAGAGCAUUUGGGAAGAUGGAUGUAACAUCAUUGGUGCUUUUGUUUGGACAUUGACAGAUGACUGGGAGUUUGGCACAUAUGAAGGCCGCUAUGGCCUUCAAACAGUUAAUCGCACCACUCAAGAGCGGUCCUAUAAAAGAAGUUUCUUCGACUACGUUGAUUUUGUCAAGUCUCGCCUUCCAAAUCAUUAA